GACGGCGCAUGCGCCCUGCCGCCUCCCUGCUCGGUCUGUCACCCCGGAGACUGGGGAGCGGCGGACAGACAGACAGGCACCGGAAGCGGAAACGGAGUGUAGCUUGAGCCGGAGUCAUGGCUGACAUGAAGGAUGCGCUACUGUCUGUGCUGCCGACUAUCCGGGUCCCCCGGGCUGGAGACCGAGUGCACAAGGAUGAGUGCGCCUUCUCCUUCCACACACCGGUAUAUCUCUAUUACAGCCCCCCAUAGUGACCGUACCCCUAAUAUCUCUAUUACAGCCCCCCAUAGUGACCGUACCCCUAAUAUCUCUAUUAUAGCCCCCCAUAGUGACCGUACCUCUAAUAUAUCUAUUACAGCCCCCAUAGUGACCGUACCCCUAAUAUAUCUAUUACAGCCCCCCCAUAGUGACCCUACACCUAAUAUAUCUAUUAUAGCCCCCCAUAGUGACCGUACACCUAAUAUAUCUAUUAUAGCCCCCCAUAGUGACCCUACACCUAAUAUAUCUAUUACAGCCCCCUCAUAGUGACCCUACACCUAAUAUAUCUAUUAUAGCCCCCCAUAGUGACCGUACACCUAAUAUAUCUAUUAUAGCCCCACAUAGUGACCAUACACCUAAUAUAUCUAUUACAGCCCCCCAUAGUGACCCUAAAACUAAUAUAUCUAUUACAGCCCCACAUAGUGACCGUACACCUAAUAUAUCUAUUACAGCCCCCCAUAGUGACCCUACUCCUAAUAUGUCUAUUAUAGCCCCCCAUAGUGACCGUACACCUAAUAUAUCUAUUACAUCCCCCCAUAGUGACCGUACACCUAAUAUAUCUAUUACAUCCCCCCAUAGUGACCAUACACCUAAUAUAUCUAUUACAGCCCCCCCAUAGUGACCCUACACCUAAUAUAUCUAUUACAGCCCCCCAUAGUGACCCUACACCUAAUAUAUCUAUUACAGCCCCCCCAUAGUGACCCUACACCUAAUAUAUCUAUUAUAGCCCCCCAUAGUGACCGUACACCUAAUAUGGAUUACGGGAUAAAACUUACCAGGAAAGGUUAAAGGAUCUUAACAUGGAUAGCUUGGAGGAAAGACGAGACAGGGGAGAUAUGAUAGAAACAUUUAAAUAUAUAAAGGGAAUCAACACAGUAAAGGAGGAGACUGUAUUUAAAAGAAGAAAAACUACCACAACAAGAGGACAUAGUCUUAAAUUAGAGGGACAAAGGUUUAAAAAUAUCAGGAAGUAUUACUUUACUGAGAGGGUAGUGGAUGCAUGGAAUAGCCUUCCAGCUGAAGUGGUAGAGGUUAACACAGUAAAGGAGUUUAAGCAUGCGUGGGAUAGGCAUAAGGCUAGUGACUAAUGAAAGUAUUUAGAAAAUUGGGCAGACUAGAUGGGCCGAAUGGUUCUUAUCUGCCGUCACAUUCUAUGUUUAUUACAGCCCCACAUAGUGACCGUAUACCGAAUAUAUUUGUUGCUGCCCCCCAUACUGGCUGUACAGAGACCCCCAGCACCUCUUUUCAUACUGGCAGUUGUAAAGAGCCCCAAUACCCCAUCAUACUGGCCUUACACCCUAAAUAUCUAUUAUAGUCCCCCCAUACUGAAUGUACAGAGACCCCCAACACCCACCUUAUACAGGCCAUUAUAGAGUCCCCCAAUACCUCUUCAUACUGGCAGUUAUAGAGACCCCAAUACAUCAUUAUUAAAAACCCUCAGCCCCCUCCUAAUGUUGGCUCCUAUAGACACACCCAGCACUCAUUUAUACUGAGACAUAACCCAGCUCUUCUCUUCCCCCUUUACUCACACUCUCAGAGGUCCUCCUGUCCCUUUAUGUUCGCACAACCCUCCUGGUAAUACUGGAACUUAAAAAGACUCCCUCAUUGUAGAGUCACUUCUAAACUCCCCCACCCUCCUUUUAUACAGGCACUUAUAUGUCUGAAUCAUUCUUAUUAUAAAGCCACUUAAAAACGCUUCAAGUCUUCUUGUUUUAGUGCCACUUGUAGACCCCCUCACCUCUCCUCAAGACUCUCAGACGUCCUCUUCAUAUGGUCACUAUAUAGGAUCUCAACCAUCCUAUUUGUAUUCAGCCAUCUAUAUGGAAAUCCCCACAAUUUACCUAAUGCACAGACUUGUAAAACGUCCAGCUAUCAUGUUGCUGCUUGUAGAAACAUCCAGCUCUUGAAAUUGACAACUCGUCUAAGUCAACUAGUCAUUUCUCACUUCCCCAUCACCUAAUUAUAGAAAAUAGUCUUCGUAAUCUAACCCUUCCAUAUAUCCAGCUACAAAACAUUCCCCCAUAGUUACCUAUAGGAGGUGAUUUACCUAUUAAACCAUUUGUAGGAGACUCACUUUUGUAUACAGAUGCUCAGAGAUCAUGCUCCUACACAUAUAGCCAAUACACAAAUGUGGCACUGGCUAUAUGUGCAGGAGCAAAUGUGAGUCCUCAUACAGUCAUCUAUAGAACACUUUGGCGCAGUCCUCCAUAUCUCAAAGCCAGAUAUAAUACUUGCUCUCUACCCUCUUGUUUCAUUAGCUUAAUCAUUAUUAUGGAGAUUAUUAUAUGGAAAUAGUUUUAUAUUCAUUUGUCCCUUUUUAUUAUUUACAUAGAUAUGGUUUCCAAAAAAGACACACAAUGCUUUCACAAAAACAACAACUUUGCAGCCACGAAUUCAAUUAUCCACAAAUAUAAUCUAGUUUCUAAUACUAAUCCAAUGCAUCAUGUCACGGUUCCUAUAGCAGGGCUCAAAAUUUCUACUAGAUAUUGGCAAGUGAAAAUUAGCCAUGGCAAGUAGAAAUUCACCCCUGGUGAAUAUGCUUUUGGCUUGCUGUUGUGAGUAACAUUAAGACAUGUCUCUGUAAGCAUGCAUAGAACAUAUGUUCUUUUAUAUCCACAGUUUCCUGUACACAUUCUUUAUGCCGACGUGCUGCCGUUCAGAAUAUAGUGCUUAUAUGCUGCAGGAAGCAAAUAAUUGAUAUUUAUUAUGGAUGCUUUCCCUCCUGUAGAAAAUAAAUAUUGCAGGACAGUAUUUUUCAUGUUCUAUCCAACAGCAUGAAGAUGUGAUGGGCCCCCAGGAAAACAGCAGAUGAGGAACUCUCCUAAACAAUUACCUAUCUUUAAUAGAACAAUCAACAUCACUUUCAUAAACUGUCCUUCAGCACCCGCCCUAUUAUUGGACUUAUUUUUUUUUAUUUUUUAGUACACAGUGCUAUACCAAGCCUUCUAUAGAACCUCUAAUCCAUAUUUACACGGCUACAUAAAAACGUCCUUCUUGGCUAUCAAAAAUGUAAUAUUUUGCUUAUCAAAGCAAUGUAUAGCAUAUUCCCACCUUUAGACAAUUCUACCUGUGACACAUACUUAACUAAAUCACCUCUUUAAGAAACUUCUCACUCUCCGUUGACCUGCAGACAUCAAUAUCAAAGUAUCACCUACAACCCCCCCCCCCAUCUUCACACAUCAUUUAUUCCCUUCUCAUCUACACAUCUAAAGGACCUACCCCUUGCUGCAUGCUUAUCUAUGGAUUCUUUAUAUCCAGCUAUGCAUACCAUACAACCUUCUAAUAUGUCCACCUCUCAUCUCCCCCCUCCCUGUUCUUCAUCUGUAUUAAACACUGUAGUAUUUGUGCAUACACUGCGGUUUCUGAGCUUAGAAAAUUACUUGUAAAAAUAGUUAACAGUGUUGCCUUUGUUAGUAUUUGUGUAUGUAUGUGUGUGUGUGUAUAUAUAUAUAUAUAUGUAUAUAUAUAUAUAUAUAUAUAGUAUUUUUUUUUUAGUUAUGACCCUGAACAAUUAUUAAUUUACGUGUUUGUUCUGUAGGAAUCAGACACUGGUCUGUACAUCUGUAUGAACACAUUUCUGGGAUUUGGAAGACCAUUUGUAGAGCGUUACUUUAACAAGACCGGCCAGAGAGCCUUCCUUCACUUCAAGCGAAUCCCUAAACCGGUAUGAUUCUGAGUGACUCUUGCACAUACAGUUGUGUUGGGGUUCUACUGGUCAUUGUGUCCUUGCACGAUGAGAAAUGAUGUACAUAACACCAGUGGGUUUGUAAGACCUUGGAACAGUUCAGCUUACCACCAUUUCUGCCUGUGUGAUUAAUGAAAGCGGUCAUAUGGGACCCAAUAUAAAUCUACAUUGUCAAUUGAUGUUCUUAUUUAUUAAAUUGGGAAAUUUGGAAAAUUGACAAUGAAAUUCCAAAUUUAUGCCCCAAAAAUAGCAGAACUGGAGUGAAUAGACGUGUUUAGUCCAUUUAUUCAACCGGUCAACAAUGCACCAUAUAUUCUCUUUUUAUAUGUUAACUGCAGAUUCAUGUUGAUGUGUGUGAGCCAGGAUACAUUGGAUUUAUAUUUAAAUCUAUUUAAAUUACUUGUCAGUAAAACUGUUUAAAUCAUGAUUUUUUUUUUUUAAACUUAAAAACUUGCUGGUUGUUAUAAUCUUGAAAUUUUGCAACCAGGUGAAGAUGUCAUGUGUAGAAUAAUAAUGUUUCUGAUUAAACAGUUGUAUCAGAACUGAUUUUGUUAUACCAUUAUAAAUACAUAGAUAAUGAUACAAUUAUUGCAAGAUGCUCUGUCACCAGUUUAAUAUUUUAAUUACUUGUAUUUGGAGAACAACCUAAAUUAAAGAUGUGUACAUAUAUUAUGUGUACAUACAUUAGUAAGAAUCUAUAGUGUAAGGAAUACAAAGCCACUAUAUUUAUUUAAAUGGAACUAAAAUAGAAAAAUCUUCAUAAUAAAUAGAAUAAUAGAAAUAAUAAUAGAAAUAGAAUAUUUACUCAACUUUUGUAGCUAAAAAACAAAACAGUAUUUCAUAUUUAUUUGGGAGUUCACAAAAUACUCCAAGCAGUAUGAAUAAUUGUGCUUUAUUUUGCAUAAAAAGAGCAAUAUAUAGCAGACAAAGAUGCAAAUGCAUAGAGCAUCUUUAGAAGAGGGAUAAGGAGAGGGGUGGCAGAAAAGCAAGUGCGUGUGCUUUGUGAAGUAUCUCUUAAAACAUAAUGUAAUGUAAAAGUUGCCUAACAAGUAACGUUGCAAGGUUGAACGAUACCAAUUAAAUAGUACUCUGGUGGUGUUAGAAAUAUUUAUUGCACAGCUGUAUUAAAGGAACUCUCCAAGCUACUCUUAUGUAGCCAGGAGUGCCCUGGCACCCCCUCCCCUAAUGUAAGUACUCAUGCCAUUUAACGGUUUGGCAACUUACUUGUGGUCUGGCAGGUGCCAUUUAACUCCUUUAGGAGAGCCAAAGGCUCUCUGCUAUAAUCUAAUUCUGACAGUUCAGGGCUUUGCUUAUUGAUUGAGAGGGACCAGCUGAAGAUACACCAUUUACUGGAGUUAAGUGGGUUGGAAGAUUGGAGGUGAAUGGUUUGGUGGACCUGAAGGAGAGUGGGUUGGAGAACAGUCUAUCUGUAAAAUAGUUAGAGAAGUGAGAUGAUAAGUCCUAAUAAAUGUUUGUCACUUUUGUAUUUUCCAGAAAUCUGAUGACUCCAGUUCUAGUGGAGAUCCUCCCCGCAAGAAGCCAACACGUCUAGCAAUAGGUAGGCACUUGAUACAGUGUGUAUCUCAUUUCUGGAGUUUGUAUAAAUCAGUGAGUGGAUUAUAGUCUCAUCUAGCAUGUGCUUGACUCACCUCUGUGCUCUUUUUUUUUUUCCCUUACCGAAUCUCUAGGAAUGGAGGGUGGAUUUGAUAUGGCUGAGGAUCAGUGUGAAUAUGAGGAGAUGGUGAAGUUAGUUAUUCUACCCGAGUUCUUGGAGAUUCAGCGAGAAGAGCUGUUGGAGCUUCCAGAGAUGGUCAGGGAUCGGGUGGGUAAUAUGAACUGAGAAGUGUAUAUUGAGCUUGUGAAGAAAAUAGACUUAGUUUUGGCAUUUUCUUCUGUGUUCGUGACUUUCUGCAACAUUUAUUUUUUUGGAUUUAUUGGUUCGGCAGUUUAAAAACUACCGAACAUCGACCACCCUCCUGGCUCAUUAACUUCAAAGAGAACUGUCUAUUAAGUGCUCUCUGGGCGGCCGUCGUUCAUAUAGCCAAAUGCCACGUGGAACAGAAAAUGGCGACCAUCUUGUUUGCACGAAAGGAGGCAGCGGGACUUGGUCGUCGAGUGUCUGGAAGUAAAAUCGGACACUCGACUUCCCGAACCACCACUGAAACAUAGAAUGCCUGCUUCCUUUUGUUGCCGAACAGCCAGGAGAGCACCAUUCGGUAGUUUGCUUCAUACGAACAAGGGGAGCAAUCGCUCCUAUGAGCCAGGAGGAUCCAUUCGUGACUUUAUUUGUUUUUAUGCCAUUAUUUGAAUUGACCGACCGCACACGCUGAAUUCGUGGAACUGUUUUGGGCAGGAGCCUCGUGUGUGGUCGGUAAAUUAUGACUUCCAUACGUUUUGAGAACCCCUGAACCGAUCUGGGGUGUUCUAAGUUUUGGGGAAAUUGUGUGCUCUCUGCCUGGAGAUAAUUGGGUUAUUCCUUAACUUAUCUCAAUAUCUCCCAGGCAGAGAGAGGGAGUGUGUUACUGUAAACAUGUACUCACAUUGGUUAUUUCCUUUGUUUACUGUGGGAGGUCCUCUUGCAGGAGGAUUCCCAUAAACGCCAGUGUGGCAUCAAUAAAACAUUAUUCCUGUUACACCCUUCAUGAAUUCUAGGCUCAUGCUUGGGGAGUAUUUUACUUGCUGAGGAGAAUCGUCUUGGAAGCUGCAUUCAUCUACACUAUUUCUCUACACCAUAACUGCAAUUAUAAUCACUUAUGCUCAGCUAUUGGGAAAGGAAUAGAAGACCGCAGUACCAUAACCAGUGCAGAUCUUAACAGCGCUGCAGCUUUUUCCCCUGUUGUUCAUAAUAUUCAUUUGUAGGAGUCUGGUUUGCUUUUUAAUCUGUUCUGUUCCUUUCAGGUAACUUCUGCCAUUGAAGCCAUCUUAUCUGCUGACUCUGCAUCGCGUAAACAGGAGAUUCAGGCUUGGGAUGGGGAGGUGAGGCAGGUCUCAAAACAUGCAUUCAACCUUCCACAACUUGAAGGAGUUCCCCGGAUUCCUCCUUGGUAUGUGACAACUUUGAUAAUCCGAUAAGCAUCUAUUUCCUUUUUUCUGAAUUAUUUUGUCUCUUACAUACUUUCUCUCCGUUCCCCACCAUGUGUUCUCUUCUGAUUUUUUUUUUUUUUUUUGCCACACUUUGUUAGCAUAUCCUGUUCUCUUUCUGUAAUUGCUUCUGUGUCUCUUUCUCUCUCUCUUGUUCCUUUUCUGUACGUCUCAAGCUCACUAUGUUGCUUUUUAUCAUGGUAUUUCUCAUUCUGCAUAGUGGGUGGAAAUGCAGUGUGUGUGACCUUCGAGAGAAUCUCUGGCUCAAUCUCACAGACGGCUCCAUUCUGUGUGGAAGAAGAUACUUUGAUGGCAGUGGGGGAAAUAACCAUGCAGUGCAGCAUUAUCGUGAAACCGGCUACCCUCUGGCUGUCAAACUGGGCACAAUCACACCUGACGGGGCUGGUUAGUGUCAUCUAUAUUUGCUUUACCUCACAUCAUCCUACUCUUUUUUUUUUUUGUUUUAAUUGUAUCACUCAGACCUGUGUUAACAACAAGGUUCAUUUAACCCCUUAACCCCUUAAGGACACAUGACAUGUGUGACAUGUCAUGAUUCCCUUUUAUUUCAGAAGUUUGGUCCUUAAGGGGUUAAGGACACAUGACAUGUGUGACAUGUCAUGAUUCCCUUUUAUUCCAGAAGUUUGGUCCUUAAGGGGUUAAAGCAAACCUUUCACUACUUACUGACCCUCUGCUUGCCCUGUCGCGAUCUCAUUACAGAGGUGGGUGUUAGUCUUCUGUAACAGUGACGUCGCCUGAACAUCACUGUUUUUAUACUCCCAAGCCAGUGUUAGCAGUGUCAGCUAGGGAGUUACCAUAGCAACCACAGCGCAUGCACUAUGGUUGCUAUAGUUAGAGAGCAGCAGGACCACAUGUGGAUGAUUUCUUCUUCUUUCCUUUAUCAAUCAAUUCCUCGGCAUAGAGUCUAUGCCAAAGAAUUGACAGGUGGGAGAAAAACAUAUUUUAAUUUGAUUUGUCUCCCAUUUUAUAUAUAUAUAUAUAUAUAUAUAUAUAUAUAUAUAUAUAUAUAUAUAUAUAUAUAUAUAUAUAUAUAUAUAUAUAUAUAUAUACAUACAUAUACUGUUGCUACCAAAACUGCAAGCACAAUGUAUACAUGACAUUUGAUGUUCUUUAUAAAGUGCAAAAGUAGUUUGGGGUAUGACAGGUGUCCUUUAAAAAGAUCACAAGAUUGCAGACAUCAUAACCUGCACCAGACUCCUCUGCCACAUCUUUAUCUCCAAGUGGUAACAAGACACUGCCGCCGUCUGCCCUGUGUGUGUGUCUCAUCACACAGCUCACUUGUGGAACAGUCUGCCCUGUGUGUGUCUCAUCACACAGCUCACUUGUGGAACAGUCUGCCCUGUGUGUGUCUCAUCACACAGCUCACUUGUGGAACAGUCUGCCCUGUGUGUGUCUCAUCACACAGCUCACUUGUGGAACAGUCUGCCCUGUCUGUUUAUCCUUGCUUUGCUCACAUUGCUGGCACAAGCUGUACUGUAUCUGUUUCCUCCCCCCAUCACACAAUGCUGGUAAAAUGUGCAGUGUGUUUCUCCUCUCACUGUUCACACAGUUGGCACAGUCUGCCCUGUGUGUCUCUUCACCCUCUCACUGCUGGGACAGUAUGUCCUGUAUGUGUCCUCGCCCUCUCACUGCUGGGACAGUCUUCCCUGUGUGUGUCCUCGCCCUAUAACUGCUGGGACAGUCUUCCCUGUGUGUGUCCUUGCCCUCUCACUGCUGGGACAGUCUGGCUCAUGUGUGUCUGUUUCCUUUCUAUAAUUACUCUGCUGGCACACUUUGCCCUGUGUGUGUAUGUCAGCUCACACUGUUGUGUCCUAUCAAUUCUGGCAUUGCCCUGUUUGUGUGACUUCUCACUGCUGGCAUUUUGUGACUCCUCUUUGCACACACUCCUAGCAGUUUCAGCUACCUCAUGUGUCCUCUCUUAGCACACACCGCUGGCACAGGCUGCUUUCUUUUUCCCAUUAUUGUACUUUGUUAAACCAGUUCCUUUUCUCUGCAGAUGUGUACUCUUAUGAUGAAGAUGAUAUGGUUUUGGACCCCAGUCUGGCAGAGCACCUUUCUCACUUUGGAAUUGACAUGAUGAAAAUGCAGAAGGUUGGUACUUAUAUUAAACCAGAACGAGUAAAAAAGCCCACACCAGGGGGGAGGCUGACUUACCCUGCACUGACACUAAGCAAAUUUGGUCACUGGUGUGGGUCUGCCUUGUUCUACCAUGCAUGCCAGCCUAUGGGAUCUAGGAGGACUGUAGUUGUUAAGGAAUUUGGUAAAUGCUGGUUGUCUUACAAAUAAUUCUGUGUUCACCAUAUAAGUUUAUUUGUCCUCUCAGACUGACAAGACAAUGACUGAACUGGAAAUCGACAUGAAUCAGCGAAUUGGUGAAUGGGAACUAAUCCAGGAGUCAGGAGUUCAGCUACAGCCAUUAUAUGGCCACGGAUACACCGGGAUCCGCAAUCUGGGGAACAGCUGCUACCUGAACUCCACCAUGCAAGUUCUCUUCAGCAUCCCAGCCUUCCAGCAAAAGUAUGUGAUCUCUGUUUGUGGGAUUGUCAGAGUUAGUGCAGUACAUGUCAGAUGCAGACAAGACAUAGUUCACUGAAUAUAGGUCAGUAGGGAAAGUACUUGCUCCACUGCUAAAGAUAUUUUCCUUUCAGAUAUGUCGAACGCAUGGAGCAGAUCUUUCAGAAGGCGCCCACUGAUCCAACACAGGAUUUCAACACCCAGGUGUAAGCAUGUGUUUACAGAGUGAGAGGGCAUGGCAUGUUUUGUGUAGGUAAAAUAUCAGUCUUGUGACUACAAUGUACCAGUCAAUCAUCCCUUGUGCAGUCAAAACUGACUAUGUUAAACAUCUCAGGAUGUUCUUUAAAACCAUACUCUUAUUUUCCAAAGGAUAUAUUAUUCCAGUAAAUCUAGUAUGUUUAAGGAUUAAAUUGAAUCUUUUAAUUACAAGCCUCUUGUUGCCUAUCGAAUAACCUCUAAUCCCAACUCCAUUUUUUUCCUGAGGAUAAUUCAUCUUGCUUUAAACACGGUGUUCUAUUAAAUGUAAUUUUGUUUUAUGACAAUGUAUACAGCUGACAUAUGCUAUCCAUACAAAAGCUGUUCAUUCUGUGUAUUGUUUAUUUUAUGUAGUUUUAUCCUGCUCGAACAGCUGUCUCUAGCAUUCCCACACUGAGGGAGCCUGCAGGCUACUAAUAUAUUUACGGCCUUGUUUGUCAUUUUUCAGACUCUAUAGAGUACGUGUUCUCGUUGCAGGGCUUUAAAACACCUGACAACUUAGUUUCUGAGUUGAAUAUACUUAAGUCAGUAGAAAUAAUAAUCAACAUAGAGAAUAGUUAUUUCAAUCCUUUUUGUGCAUUGUAAAUUUGUCUUCAUGACAACCAAUGAAUGGGGACAGAAGCCAUAACAUUCCUUUUAGUAUUUAUAUAGUUUGAAAAUACAUGGGAGCUUGGUUUCUAGCACAAAUGCUUGAAGAGGAUAGGCAGCUCAAACACAUAAACCAGAGUCUCUCAAUUCUGGUCCAGUAGAAAGUGCGUAGAAAAAAAGGUGUAGUGUGGUGUAGUGCCUUAAUAUAUUUCUUGAGGUCGGUACAUUCUCAGGGGUAGUAGAAUAUGUGUAGACAGAAUAAUGCAGCAAAAUAUAGUGUAGUCUCUUUGUAACGUGAAAAUAUAAAGAAUGAAACUGCACCUAAGGUAGCUCUAUCGGAAUGCGCUUGGGCAGUAAAAUCACUGCCUAGUGAUGUUCGGUGUCUUCUUUCUUAAUGUGCAUUUGGGCAAAUGACCUCCAUCUAGGUGUGGUGACUCAGGAUGGUAUCCACCCCAGCUUUAGGGCCUUGCAGGCUUGUUAGUAGGUUGAUACUGUAUAUGAAAUAAAAUAAAUAUAGUACUCGAUGUUAUUGUAAAUUAAUAAACAUUAGGAGAGGAAAUGCGGUUUUGCUCAACUCACAGCGCUCAGGUGGUAUUUUCCCCACCAAAGGAAUGUGUGGUCCUAGGCUCCACAAGAGAGUCCAAAGAGGUUAGUAUAUUAUUUUAUUUAAUAAGCCAGUACAUAAAGCUAAAAAAUAAUAAAAGUAGCAAAAACACUUUUUUAAAAAGCUUUUUUACUGGCAAAACGCAUUAAGUGUUUUUACUAAUGUGUACUGCUUUCGUUCUUUAUAUUUUCACCUUACAUGAGAUCUACUUCACUAUAUUUUUCUGCAUUCUUCUGUCUCCACAUAUUCUACUACCUUGGAGAACGUACCUACCUCAAGAAAUAUAUUAAGGCGCUACCCCUUCCUUUUAUUCUAUGCUUUAUCUAUAUAGAACCACCAUAUAGCACAGUACAAAAAAGUUCAGCUUCUAAUCAAUUUGUACUUAUCUAAAUUAUAUACCAAGACAUCACUUAAAAGGUGAUACUAAGCACCAAAAACACUUCAUCUUAAUGAAGGGGCUUUGGCGCAUAGACCCUAUGCCCUUUUCUGACAAUGUAAAAUGUUGCUGUUUCAAACAAACAGCAGUGUUUUCACACAUUUUUGCUACCAGGCUGCAACAGACUCCGACUAAUGACUGAGCAAUUACAUUGAGGAGACUGACUCUGCUUAUGUUUAAUAUUUAUUUGAAUGGGGAUGAGAACCAUAAUCUAAACACUGGCAGGAACACUCUGUUAUUUAAAACCUUUUUUUUUUUUUUAAUUUUUAAACAUUCUUUUAAAUCUAAGUUUUGAAUUUUAGAAACCUCAUCCAAGGAACAAUCUGUAGAAAAAAUCAGUGAUAAAAAUUUGGACUUUGUCACUUAAACUGGCUAAAUUUCAGGUUUGCAAAUAGUUCAAGGGUUUCUAGUUCAUAGUUAUUAUGUUGUGGAGAGUGAGUGCAGCAUCACUGGUUAAUAGGCAGAUGGGCUGCGUCCUUGCUUAGUAGGCAGUUUGACCUGAGUCGUUGAGUAGCAAGUAGAGUGAGAUGCGUCAUAUGGAAAGUAGGAGGAGUUAUGCAGUUAGCAAGCAGAGGAUGUUUGGUUAGCAAACAUGGGAGCACAGCCUCAUUGGUUGACAGGCUGGGGUGCUGCAUCUUUGGUUGGCAGGCGUGAGGGCGCUGUCAUAUAGCAGAUUAUAUAGUGGCACAUACCAGGCAGAGAGUGCUGUGUUAUUAAGCAGAAAAUGUAGUGUCAUUAUUUAGCAGGUAGGCGGUGCUGUGUCAUUAGUUAGAUGGUGUAGAGUUAGGUAUUCCUAUCUAUGCUUGUGUAUGUCUAAAUGCAUGCAGUAAAACUUGCCAAACAUAUGUGAUUCCAAUAGAGCGAAGCUGGGAAAUGCCUUGUUAUCUGGUGAAUAUUCAAAGCCGGCUGUUGAACGAGAGGGUGAUGCAGCAUCGGAGCAGAAGGUGAGUCUCGCAUAUAAAGUUAUGUAUUCACUGCUGUUGACUGCACCGUAAUACUUGGGGUUUUGUUUGUGGAAGGCGAGUGUCCAUAUACUGUAUUCACCUUUGAUGCUUUGCAGGGCCUGCAGGACGGGAUCGCUCCGCGCAUGUUCAAAGCGUUGGUGGGAAAGGGACACCAAGAAUUUUCCACUAACCGACAGCAGGAUGCCCAGGAAUUCUUCCUCCAUUUCAUCAACAUGGUGGAGGUGAGUUCUUUGAGUGGGUAUUGGUGAGUUUUUGGAGAGGAUUUUCAGCGUAUGUUCCUGGAGUGCAAUUUUUAGGUCACUGCUCUAAAUGUUGGGCAUUUAGCACAAGUAAUUAAUUGAUUUGCCCUUAAAAUUGUAAGAAGCUACAUAAUAUGUUGCUGCUAAAGAAAUGACAAUAAAAAUGUCAGUGGGGUUUUCACUGGGGACAAUUGUUUGCUCUAGACUAGAGACCUAACUGUUUCUGCUAAAGGGUUUUGGUUUCAGGGUGCCGUGUUCAGGAUUUUCCGAUGGGGAAAAAAAAAGCAGUAAUUUCAAUUUUCUUAAUGGAUGGAAAGGGGGAGAGAGGCUGUGUGGUGAUAGAUUUAAUUUGUAACAUAGAAACACCAGCUAUUUAUUUAUUUAAAGGGGUUACUAUAUGCUGGAAUCAACCCUUAUCAAUGCUUUAUAUACAUAAUUCAAUACAGAUAAUUCAAACAAAUCCACAAAGUACAAGGCAACCGAACCUUUACUGGUGCUGUCAGCUCAUUUAUUAUUAAACCUCCAGCUUUAUAAAAAUGGAGGGUCUACAAUGUCCUCAGCACUCUUAACCACUCAGUGUUGUCCAGGCUGGGUAAAAUUGACAUUGAUGAUGUGGAAGUGUUAAUUGUGCAUCAUUGAUGCGGCUGAGAUGGAGUAGUCUUUUUACCCUAGGAAAGACCCCUGGUUUAUAAAAAUGGUUUAAUAUUAAACUGCUUGAUUAAGAUAGUGGACCUAAAGAAACUUAAAGCAGCACUUCACCGUUUGGGCACUUUGCCAUCACCGCUAGGUGUCUGGUGGCCGAGGUGUAGGGGUGCAGGUUAAAGUGAGUUUACUUACCUGAAACUGUCCCUUGCAGUGCAGCCAUCUCAAACCUACUUUGUUUCUGCAUAUCUCUUUUUGUGAAAUUCCAACACAGUCAUAAUGAGUAUUUAAUAAAGAGUCUAUCUUUAUGAAAUACAAAUUUUUAGGGGGGGGUGUGACAGUGCAUCUUUAAACACUCCAGUAAAUGGUACCUAUUAUUAAGUGCUCACUUUAAGCAUGAAAUGCGAGAACUUUCAUUAUGUAUAUUUGCGUACUCAUUUAAACACUUUUAUUUAUUUUUUUUAUUUCAGCCGACAUUGGCAAGUCUUUUACGUAUUUGGAGUCCUGGAUUCUCAGUAGUGAGAAUUUGGUUGGACUUCAGUAAGCUGUAGUGUUAAAGUUUCUGAUAAUGUUCCUUUAAAUAAAAAAAUGAUUCUUAAUUUAAUCCCACAGUAGGCAAGAAUUUUACUCACAGUUUUUAAUUAAAUAGAUGCAAAAAAUAUAUAUAGUUAAAGAAUUACUCCAAGCACCAUGACCACUUCCAUGUUUUGACGUGGUUAUGGUGAUUGGAGUAUGUAUGUGUAUGGUUUCAGUUUGAAAAUGCUGCGCAUACAGAGAUAUGAGGUUUCUGCCUGAGAUGUCACUCUACCUCCAACAGUGUAUUAGCCAUUCCAGAAUGAGAACUGUGAGCUUGCUAAUGUUAAACCUGUUUGUUCUGGGUCAAAUGGAGUCCUUCUCCCUUGAGAGGGUCUGUUUGUUAAGGGUGAUAUGGAGUCCUCUUCCCCUGAAGGUGGAUGUUUGUUCAGGGACACAUAGCCUUCUGAGUUCUGUUUUUUUUUUUUUUUACUGCAAACCCUUUCCACCUCCUUUUAGAGAAAUUGUCGAAGUUCAUCUAAUCCUAAUGAAGUAUUUCGGUUCCUGGUGGAAGAGAAGAUUAAAUGCCUGGUGUCUCAGAAGGUCAAGUACACUCAGAGAGUUGAGUACAUCCUGCAGCUUCCUGUCCCCAUGGAAGCCGCUCUGAACAAAGGUGAGUAUGGCCCCUGAGCAUUGCAGAAUUAUAAUUUGUGAUUAUUAAUGGAAAGAGGCUGUGUGUGUACAGGUGUUUAAUACUUUAUAAUCUUACAAUGGGUUCCCCUGUACACAGUCCGGCACACAUCUUGUUUAGCACAUAUGGAGCUAUGAAGAUGUUAGUGCUUCAGUAGGGACAAUCAUGCAAGUAAUAUUGAGAACAGUAAAUGUACCUGUGAUUUGUCAGAGUGAGGAAGAAGGUUAUAUCAUUCAUGUGCAUUGGGGACAACCAGACUAAGGGACACUGUUAAUUUUUGCUUGUGUGCCAGAAUGAAAAAAAGGACAAUUUUGGAUAUGGACAUGGGAUGGCACCAGUGUGAUAACGUUCAUUAUUCUACUUGCUCACAGAUUUAUGAGGAGACCAGAAUGAGAAAAUAAUUUAAAUCACGAAUUUACAUGCAGUAGCAACGUCAGAGCAAAGUAUUUUUAACAGAGACUUUUAUUGUGUUUCAGAGGAGUUAAGUAUUUAUGAGCAGAACAGACUCCAGGCAGAGCAAGAGCAUCGCCCCCCUCCUGAGCUGGUCCGUGCACGGAUCCCUUUCGCAUCCUGUCUGGAAGCGUUUGCUGCCCCUGAACAACUUGAUGAGUUCUGGAGUGCUGCCCUUCAAGCCAAAUCUAAUGCAUUGAAGUAAGAAAUGUGUUUUAGUCCAAGGAAAGGGUAUAAAUGACAGUAUAGUUAUUUGUUCAUCUACAACCAACUCCUAUUUGAUCUUUCAAGCCUUUGUUUCUUAUUCUUUGUUCUCCCUGUUCUCAUAUCACUUUAUCUGUCAUUUCAUUCUCUCUCUACCAGCCUGUGUGUUGUAUGUUCUCAGCACCACGUAUUGUGGCCAUUUCACCUCCAUCCCAUUCACGGUGCCCCCUCCUUCCAUUUUUACUUUCUCUUAUCAGCUUUGCUCACCCCAGGCAAUCUCUCUGCCUUCUCCCCAUUCAGUUUUGAUCAUAGCUCCAAUCUCAUACAACACAUCUUACUCUUUCUCAAUCAUUUUCUCCACUUUCUUCAUUAAAUACCCAUCUUUUUUCGACUUCACUCUGUAACCUUUUCUUGUCCUAGCUUUCUAACUGUUUCUAACCCAGCUUAUUUAAUUUAUUACCACUCUCUCCCUAUAGUCUCUCCUCCCAUUUCUUACACUCUCCGUCUGUAUCUCUCAUUGUCCUUUAUUACUUCCUAGCUCUACCUUUUGCUUCUUCCAUCUGAUACAACCUCCCUCACAUUCCUGUUCUCCUUACCCACCGUAAUAUAUUUUUGCCGCUUAUUCUUCUCACCACCUCUUAAAGCAUAUCUCUAACCACCCUUACACUGUUUUCCAUCACAUAAAACACUUACAUGUAUAUUGCCGCCCUUCUAGACUUCUCUCUCCUCUAACUGUUGUAUCCAAUGUCUCUCUACACCCUGUUUGUCUUAAAGGGACACUGCAGGACCCUUGCUGAAAAUCAUUACAUAUACUUAAAGGAAUUUUCUUUUCCUGGCUAUUUCCAUUGUUUCAUCACUAAUGUGUUAAAUCCCCACUCAGCAGUCAGGACAGGAAGUAUCAAUUAACAAAUCUUAAUAAAUUACCCUACUUCUGUAGAAGUCUUAUUAUAAAGAAUCAACUGAAGGGUGGGACGUUGAUACUGCCAUAGAAAUGGGCAGGAAAAGAAAAUUCUGAUAAGGAUGGGUAAGGAGUUUCCUUUUUCCUGGUCAAAAUGGCAGCAUCACUAAUGGGGAAUCCCCAAGCCAAGAAGGCAGGGAGACAUAAGUGGAUAUGGUGAAUAGAACACUGGAUCUAAACUUAGAACAUUUAUCUUUAGGAAUGUCUGGGCAGGGUUCCUAUUGAACGUAGAAUCUGAAGCCCAGGUAGCAGCCCUUUAUUUAUUUGCAUUUUUUCAUGAACAGAAGCCCAGGUAGUGUGAGGUCUAAUGAAUAAGGGAAUCUCCAUUGCUUAUCCAGAGAGGGAUUUCCCAAUAGCCAGUGAGAACUAUUAAAUAAAUCAAACUCAAUUGAAAAACUCAUGAACCCAAAUACAGAAUGUGAAAAUAAAGUAGAACAGGAUAUCAAGCUUUGCAUAUCACAUAAAACAGUAGGACAGUAUAUGAAGCUCUGUAGAUCUCAUAAGAUAGUCAAAGAAAACUCAAAUCUGUAUCUGGGCUCUGUCGAAUAAGAUACAUAUAAAUAAGCAGCAGAGCCUUGAGUACAGACCCAAAGAUUGGUAAAUGAAGAUAACCUGUACUUGAAAGUAGUACAUAACCUUCAAACAAACGACCACAACUCCCAGACACAGAUCGAUACACUGCUGUGAACUGGUAAUAUCCAUGCCUCUGAGGAGUAAGUCACUGUCACAUAUUUCACUGCUACUAUAUGUAGGUGAGAUUAUAGAAAAAAACAGAGCCCAACAUACAUCAGUCACCUGAAAAGAGCAGACAAUAAAGGAACUCUAUAGUGUCAGAAAUAAAAACAUUUAGGUCCCGGGCCACUUAGAUCGCAUAGGAAAGAUGUUUAAACGUACCUUUUUUCCCCCCACGCCUCAUUGGUCUUGCUGUGCCUGGCUUUGCCUCCAUCGCUGAUAUCUUUAAUCUUGAUGAUCUCUACAAAUCAAGUGCUUUAUCAUAGGAAAGCAUUGGGAGGCUGUUGCUCAUGUUCAGCAAAACACUGCAUCAGACAGCAUCUCCUCCUAAAGAUGCAUUGAUUCAAUGUAUCUGUAUGGGGAGCGUUCAGCGUCUCCAAGCAAAGCGUGGAGACGCUGAACAUAAGUGCUGCACACUGCUCAGUACUGGACUAGGAAGCACCUUUAGUGGCUAUCUGAGUGACUGCACCUAGAGGUGUUACUAGGCAGCAAUGUAAACAUUAAGCUGUAGUGGUUCUGAUGACUAGUGUCCCUUUAAGUCUGUCUAUACAUUACACUUGAUACAGGUUAAUAUCCUCUUCUCAAGGCUGUAAUAUACAGAACAACAUCCAUGAAGAAGAGCCAUUAUCCCGGUUAUUCCUGGAAUUGGUAUCUCCUGUGUCCAUAGGACUUUAAUAUAAAGGCAUCCAUAUUAAUGAAAAAAUUGAGUGCGAACCUCCCUUUCUUCUACAAUAUAUUAUAAAGGCAGACUUCCUCUGAAGUUAUCCCUUAGCCCUGAUAUUGGUCUUGGACUCCUCUUCUGUCCUCAGGUCUGCACUCUUUUAUCCAGCUCCAAUACUGGACAUAUAAAACUUGCCUAGAUGCUCACCAAUAAACUCCUAAAUGUGACCUACUUGUUACAAGAAAGCCCUAAUGAAAGUAACAGGGACUACAGAAAAUCCAUAGCCCUCGUACUUAUGCUAAUCAGUAAUCUAAACUACUAUUGCACUGGCCUGUGUUGGGAAUCCCAAAACUAAUAGCAUGUAUAGAGGUACACCCAAGUAGUCACCUUGCACAGGUGCUGUUUACUGGGUCUUCACGGAAAAGAGUCUGUACAAAAGGCUCCUUUUUUGAGGCCGGGGUGGGGGGGUGUGGGUGAAGACGACAGAGGCUUCUACAGAAGAAGGGGAAUUUAUUAACAUUUUCCUUGCACUGCAGGAUCCUGCAGUGCCCCCCUCCCUCCCACUCCCCAUUCCAUGUUGCUGAAGGGGUUCAAACCCCUUUAGGGACUUACCUGGAUCCAGCACCGACGUCCCUCGUGCUGGGUCAGGCUCUGCCCUUGCUCCUCCCCCGCCGUCAUUAGCCGGUGGGUUAAACCUAAUGUGCAUGCAUUAGACCUAAUGCGUAUUAUUUAAUGCUUUCCUAUGGGGAUUCUGGCGAUGUUGGAGGUCCUCAUGCACAGCGUGAGGACGUCCAGCGUCAUUUAAAACACUUUUCGUGUUAUAAGAAGCCGGAAGUCCCUAUAGUGGCUGUCUGAUAGUGGUCUGGGUGCCUGGAGUGUCCCUUUAAGAUUUGUUGAUACUUCCUGUCCUGACUGCUGAGUGGAGAUUUAACCCAUUAGCGAUGCUGCCUUGUUAACCAGAAAACAAAAUAUAUAUCACCAUCUAUCUGUUCUUAUACUACUCUCCCAGCUCAUACAGUCCCUCUCUCAUUCUCACACACGUUUCAUAUAGUCCCCUUUCUACAGUCUCACUCUUUCUCUUCUCACAGGACAUCCCGCUUUGCCUCAUUUCCAGAUUACUUGGUCAUUCAAAUUAAGAAGUUCACAUUUGGACUUGAUUGGGUUCCCAAAAAACUGGGUAAGAGAAAGUAUCAUAGUGUGUUGCAUUCCUCUCUUGGUGGUAAAGUGUAGUGGCUUGUUUGGGUAUCCAAUGUUUUGACUGAAACUUGAUUUACUAUUAUUAAGUCAGGAGGACAGUACAGAAACAGAAUCCAAUAUUAAAGCGUGAUGUAUAAAUUCUAUUCUCUGUACAUAAAUGGCACUAUUUAUUUAAUGUCCAUUUACCUUCUUUGUUUCUCACCAUUACCAUUCCACAUCAUCAAGAGCUGGCGAUGGUGUUGGAAGACUUUCUAUCACUGACAGGAAACACGAUAAAGAGGCACAAACCGCCUCAAUAAGUCAUUAUUUAAUGCUAUAAUUUCUCUGUGUGAGGUCCCCUGCCAUAUACAGCAAGGUCAACAUGUUCUAUCAAUAUGUCCAGCUCUUUAUGUUGACCUCAGUAAUGCAGAACAGGGUUUCUCAUCUUCUCUCUAAUCCCUCAUUCCACUUACCAUAGUGCUUUGACUGUUUUUAAGAGCUCGUGUAUUCUUUGUGCUGUAGUAUAGUGUAAUUUGGUAAUGUUUCGCGUUUUGUUUCCUGACUUGCCUUUUGCAAUAUCGGAAACCUACUCUGAUGUACUGCUGUGUUAUUUGUUAAUGGUACUUCGGCUUUUUGUAAAUCGGGACAUUUAUAUGACCAGAACAAGCUCUACUGCUCAUAGAUUACUGAAUAAGACCGUUCUUCACUUAUUGUUUUUUAUGUAUAUCAUAUAUUUACUUUAUCUUAAUUAAAGAUUCAAUUUAUUUAAAAAAUAGGUUUAAUCUGCUGCAUUAUGCCAUUAAGAAUGUUUGCAGAGAUGGAAUCUUAUUGUAUAUUUAUUAUAAGGAGGAAAAGCAUACAUUGCCUCUUACUUUUAACAUACUAAUUUGCCUCCUCUUAAUCCACAGAUGUAUCUAUCGAUGUCCCAGAAGAACUGGAUCUGUCACAGUUUCGAGGUGGGGGGCUGCAAGGGGAUGAGGAAGAACUCCCAGACGUUGCCCCCCCACUAGUCACCCCAGAUGAGCCCAAAGGUAGCCUUGGUUUCUAUGGCAACGACGAUGACGACUCGUACUGCUCCCCUAACUUCUCCUCUCCGACAUGUUAGUGUUUCUGCCUCUUGUGGGACCACUGGUGACUGAGUGUGCCAUGAGUGAACUGAGCAUUUAGUACACUCAUUGAGUGAACUGAACAGGGAGUACCCCUUGUGAGUAAGAGUAGUGACUGUUGCGGGUACAUCUUGUACGUUCUGUGCAAUAAGUGUGUGAGCUGAGUACCACAUAACCCCUGGAAGUCUGAUCUACACAGGGCAGAAAUAGACAGAAUGUAUCCAUCCUUACCCUUUCAUCCAUGUGUAACAAGGGGGUGUUAAAAGUCAGACUGGUGGGAAGCUGUAGCAUUUCACUGAUUUUCCUACCCCAUGCCUGAGUAGAGACUUGCUCAAAGGUUCUCCUAUCCCACCACUUGAUAUGUGGUGGGUAAGGGUGUUAACAAAUACAAGGAUCCAGUGAACUCCCAUGAACAAGGAAGGAGCCUCAGAAUUCCUCCAAUGCUCACAAAUUGUAUGGGUUAAACUUAAACUCCCCCCUUCAACUCUAACAUUGCUAACCAAACGCCACAAGUACGUUAUGCCAGGUGUAUCAGCUAAUGCAAAACUCCACUCAACCUCACCUGUAUUUCCUGGGUGUGUGUGAUCCCCAUGGCAUUUUUGAAAACUUUAAUGUCCGUACCUUAUGACCUUAACUGUACGUGGCAAGAUUGGAUCACUUUCAUAUAUUUUCCCUUUUAAUGAAGAAAAAAAAUAAAACUUGCCUCAUCCAUCUUUUUAAAAGAUGCUUCCGUAUCCCUAUCCCUCCAACAUAAAACAAUACAUUUCCUGAUAGAAAUAUGGGAUCCAGUCUGCCAAGUACUGUCUUUCUCUUUCGUUCCCCAGCAGCUCUGCAGAAGAUGUUUGUUACUGUCACAGUGCAUGCUGUAAUUACCUCUUUUCCUCAUCAGUGCAGGUUCAGAUCGCAACCUAAACAAUUACGGUGAGACAAUGUCAGUAUCACUUAAAGGGUUGUUCUCUUUGCUGAGAUUUGACAAGAGAAUUACAAAUUUUGCUAUGCAACAUAACUCCAUGUACAUCAUUUCCAGUUUGGCUCCCAUCCCAGAAAUGCACAAUUCCCAGUAUAUUUAAUAACCCACUUCACUGGAUACAAUGACACCAAUCGGGAAUUCUAUUUGGCCACCUCGGAGGGGGAUGUACAUUUCUGCAUAGACAUGCAAGCUAACCGGUGUUGUCUACUUGAAUGAGCGUGCCAUAUGUUUCCUGUUCUCACAAUAAGUAGAGUGGUCCUGUUUUUUGUUUGUUUAUGUGGGCAGCUGGCUGAGUGAGUGAACCACAAACUCCUUGUGAGCCAGCAAGUCAUGUAUGUCACUUCAUAGGACAUCUGAAGAGCAGGUGACCUGUUCCCUUUAUAUGUGAUGGUGAACAUGACCUGUACCUAGGGUAAAGCAGACACUUGCCACUUGAAAAGGUGCACACCCUGUAUGUUUAUGAUGCUCAGUGCUGGCCUGUAUGUGAUUGGCACAUGUGGUCUGCUGAGUGUCUGUUUAUUAGGAAGCAAGUAAAUUCUUUUCAUAUUCUCUGUCUGUAUCUGGGAAGUGGGCUGUCUGUGGGCUUCCUUUUCGUGGGGUGCACCUUUCUGAUCUCUUACACCCACCCCAGGUCCUUGCAGGGUUUCUUUGCCCCCAUAUCCACCUCUCACCCCUUUGUCCUGAUAGCUCCAGUUCUGGAUGAAUCUGUGGUCACUCAGCUGGUAGAAAUGGGAUUUCCAGCAGAAGCAUGUCGUAAGGCUGUGUACUACACGGGUAACAGUGGAGCAGAGGCUGCCAUGACUUGGGUGAUGUCGCACAUGGAUGACCCAGGUAAUAAUUUAUGCUGGUCGGAGAUUAUUGAUCCCAGGGUGGUAAAGGAACAGAGAGUGAAAUGUGCCGCUUUAUUAGUGUCUCCUCUUUUCUUCCUGAUGCAGCACAGGAAUUCUGCCCAUUUUGUUUAUCACACCAAAGAGGUCUUCCUUUCUUGUGUGAUACUGGCAGUGUGCCCCCUUAUCUCUGGUGCAUCAUUUGAAAUGUGAUGUGGUGCCCAAAGUAUACCCCCCUUCUUGGCACAGCACCAGAAGUGUGCCUCCUCUCUCCGGACACUGCACAUGAAGUGUUCCCCCUUUCUCCUGAUGUGGCGUGUCUUCGUUUUAUUGCCUCGCUCCUUUCUGCAAGUAAAACAUGGUCUUCUGGUAGGACUUGAGAGAUUAGAGUUGGACCUCACAGUAUUUCAAUCUUUCGCCCCAUUCUCUAGAUUUUGCUCAUCCUUUAGUUGUAUCAGGGGUCAGUGCUCCAUCUUCAGUCAUUGUUGGUGGGGAUCCUCCCUCGGAAGAGCAUAUAGCGACCAUAAUAUCCAUGGGUUUUUCACAAGAACAGGCUGUUCGAGCACUACGUGCUACAGUAAGUGCCAGAUACCCUGCUGCUUGUAACUACUUCUCUCGUAAUGCUCUGUCUGUGGUCCAUUGGCAACUAUGUCACUGCAUUGGCUUACUCUGCACUUUGUCUACUUCCCUGUCUCUACUUGCUCUCUUACAUCCCAUUCUGCUCAAACUUUGCCAUUGUUUUUUCCUCCUCUUGUUUCGUGCCAUCUGCUUUCUCAAACGUUCUCCUCUCUGCUCCCUGCAGAAUAAUAGUCUGGAACGUGCUGUUGAUUGGAUCUUCUCUCAUAUCGAUGAUCUGGAUGCUGAGGCAGCAAUGGAUAUGUCAGAAGGACGUUCAGCUGCAGAGUCUGUGUCUGAGAGUUUAGCCGCCGCCGGGCCUCGUGUGAGAGAUGGUGCAGGCAGUGAGUAUCUGUGGGGAGUGGGUACAUUUGGGGUAAGAGAGUGUACACGUAACAGAGAGGAGGUGGAUGUACAGAGUGGAUACAAGCACUUUCUGUGUUUUAUUUUAUUAACCUUAUGGUUUACUUUGGCAGGAUAUGAAUUGUUUGCAUUCAUUAGUCACAUGGGGACCUCCACCAUGUGUGGCCAUUACGUUUGUCAUAUAAAGAAGGAAGGCAGGUGAGAUAAUCAGAUAUUGCUGUGUUGUAGCUGCACAUCCCUUUCAUAUGCCUUUUAUCUCUCUCUCAUCAUAAAUCUCUCUCCUGCACAGGUGGGUGAUAUACAAUGAUCAGAAGGUUUGUGCAUCAGAAAAGCCUCCCAAAGACUUGGGAUAUAUUUACUUCUACCAACGUGUGCAGAGCUAAUGUAAUCCUUGCUUCUCAGUACGUGCCGGGAGGGAGACAAGACCCCCAAUACCCCUUAUCGCAAGGGUUGAGGCUGGAGGUGGGGGGUGGGCAUAUUCAUGGUUUAUUUCAACAGGAUGUGGAGUCGUUUCCCCCCCACCCCCCCCCACCAAACUGAUUCCCAAUCUGUUUUGGGGGCUGGUAUGUGUCACUGAAAUAGUCAGUGUGCAGGGGGCGGGGCUUGGAGACCAGAGACAGAGGUUUGGACUGAAGUUUGGCUGUGCGUUAAAGGUUAAACCUCUGGUCCUGACUCCUUUGCGUGUAUUUAAUCCCAGACUGACCAGUGUGAAUAAAGUUUUUUUUCCCCAUCGCUUAAA